AUGGAGAACAUGGCAACUCGCAAAUGCCUUCGGAUCAUCAGCAAGCCCCGAGGGAUCAAAGCCGCCACCCGGGUAUACGGGGUCGGUGACCUCACCGAGAGGUCCUCCCGGAAUGCGGUAACCCUCGACAACGCCCACGAGGAGCACCCGAGUUGCCCAUAUGGCUAA